CUGGUGGGAGCGCGCGGGCGGGGCGGCAGAGCUCUGCAUCGGCGGCCCCCAGCAUCGACCCUCCUGGGUCCCCAAGUCCCGCGGCCGCUGGCCUCCAGCUCUCGGCGCCCUGGAUGCCAUGAAGCAGCUGUGCCUUUGCUCCGCAGCCUCGUUAGCGCAGCUGCGGCUCGGCCCCACCGACCUUGGUUCCUGCCCGCCCUGCGGCCCCUGCCCCAUCCCGAAACCGGCAGCCAGAGGCAGGCGCCAGAGCCAGGAGUGGAGCAAGAGUGACGAGCGGCUGCUGCAGGCCGUGGAGAACAAUGACCCCACCCGUGUGGCCGCCCUCAUCGCGCGCAAGGGGCUGGUGUCCACCAAGCUGGAUCCCGAGGGCAAGUCCGCGUUCCACCUGGCAGCCAUGAGGGGCGCGGCCAGCUGUCUGGAGGUGAUGCUGAGCCACGGCGCUGACGUCAUGAGCACUGACGGGGCAGGUUACAACGCCCUCCACCUGGCCGCCAAGUACAGGCACCCCGAGUGCUUGAAGCCAUUGCUCCAGGCUUCCUGUGUGGUGGACGUCAUGGACAGCAGUGGCUGGACCGCUCUGCACCAUGCAGCUGCUGGUGGCUGCCUCCAGUGCUGCGAAAUGCUCUGCUCCUUCAAGGCACAACUGAAUCCUCGAGAUCGGUCAGGUACGACACCCCUCCUCAUAGCAGCUCAGAUGUGUCACACGGAUCUCUGCCGCCUCCUUCUGCAGCGGGGGGCGGCGCCCAAUGAGCAGGACCUACACGGCAGGACGGCGCUGAUGCUGGCCUGCGAGGGCGCCAGCCCCGAGACCGUGGAGGUGCUGCUGCAGGGCGGGGCGCGGCCGGGCGUCACCGACGCGCUGGGCCAGGACGCGGCUCACUACGGCGCCGCGGCGGGGGACAAGCUCAUCCUUCACCUGCUUCAGGAGGCGGCCCAGCGGCCCUCACUGCCCAGCGAGGAUGACUCCGGAGAAGCUUCAUCUCAGAACUCUGUAUCCAGCCACGAAAAACGAGGGGGUCCCAAGAAGCGGAAGGCACCGCCGCCCCCCGCCAGCAUCCCAGUGCCGGAUGAUCGAGAUGCCUAUGAGGAGAUUGUGAGGCUGAGGCAGGAGAAGGGCCGUUUGCUGCAGAAGAUCCGGGGCCUGGAGCAGCACCGAAAGCAGGAGCUGCCGGAGGCCGAGGCCAGCUCCCUGCACAGUCUGGAGAGACAGGUGCAAGAGCUCCAGCAACUGCUGGCCGAGAAGCAGGAGGAAAAGGAGUGUCUGGGGCGGGAGGUGGAAAGUCUGCAGAGUCGCCUGUCCCUGAUGGAGAAUGAGCGAGAAAACACCAGCUACGACGUGGACACACUGCAGGAUGAGGAGGACCUUCCUGGGACCGAAGCUCUGCUCUCCAAGCCGCCCACCCCACCAUCCCACGACCUCUUAGCCGCACUGCGGGACCAAGUGUCCACACUCACCAAACAGAACCAGGAACUGAUGGAGAAGGUCCAGAUUCUGGAGAACUUCGAGAAGGACGAGGUGGAGAUGAACGGCUCAGUGGAGGUCAUCCCUCUCGCCGUGUAUGAUGCCCUCCGGGCUGAGUUUGACCAGCUACGCAGGCAGCACACCGAGGCACUGAAGGUGCUGGAGCAACAAGCAGCACGAGGGACCCCUGGAGAAGAGGAAGUAGCCCCUGGGGGUGACAAGGGCACAGAAGCCGCGGCUCUAAGAAAUGGGUCGGCCGGCACGGAGCUCAGUGACGUUGCCGUUCCAGAAACCAGAAUCAACGGGGCCGAGACCACAGAUGAGGAAGCUGCAAGAGCUGAGGCCACAGAGGCCAGGACCCAAGAGGUGGCCCCCGCCGAUGCUGAGGUGAGGGCCACAAAGGCCACAGACGUGGAGGCCGUGGACACCGACGGUGUGGGGACCGAGGCCUUGGGCCUCAAAACCAAUGGGGCUGAGGUCACAGAAGUGAAAGGCAGAGACGAGGGACGAAAUCCAGGGACAGAAGUCAGGGGAACGGGAGCCACAGACGCAGAGGCCACGGAUGUGGAGACCACGAACGUGGAGGCCACGGGCGCAGAGGCCGCAGACGCAGAAGCCACGGAUGCCGGAGGCACUCACACAGUAGCAGAGGAACCUGAACUAAGGGUCAACGGGGUGGCAGCUGUGAAGGCAGAGCUCCCGGGUCCAGAGGCCACAAACAAGGAGGCCUCGGAGACAGAGGCCACGGGCAGGGCAGCCACUGGAGUGGAGGCCACGGCCCCAACUGUUUCCGCUGGCCCCGUCCUUCACCCUGGCGCUGCCGAGGCCUCAGAGAAGCUGCAAGCCGAGCUGGAGACUCGGAUCCGGAAUUUGGAGGAGGCGCUCCGGCAGCGGGAGCGGGAGGCAGCCUCCGAACUGGAGGCCGCCCAGGGCAAGUGUAAGGCCGCGGAGGCCGAGGCCGGCCGGCUCCGGGAGCGCGUGCGGGAGGCCGAGGGCGGCGGGGGCGGCAGCUGCGACGCGGGCCAGCUGCGGGCCGCCCUAGAACAGGCCCGGGAGGACCUCCGAGCCCGGGACGCGCGCCUGCGGGAACUGGAGGCCGCCUGCACCCGUCUGGAUGAAGCCCGGGCCGGCCGGCUGCUGGCCGAGGAGGAGGCCCGGGGCCUGCGGGCCGAGCUGGCCCAGCGGGAGGAAGUGAGGCUGGAGCAGAGCCGGGAGCUCCAGGCGCUGCGGGAACAGCUGGCCACGGCCACGGCGGCCGGGGAGCAGCACCUUGCCGCGGCCACACAGCUGGGCCACGCGCGGGAUGUGGCGGAGGCCAGAGUGGCCGAACUGGCCGCCGCCUGUGAGGAAGCCCGGCGGGGCCUGGCAGAGCUGCGCGAGGCCUCGGAGAGUCUCCGCCAGGCGUCGGUGCCUGCCUCCGAGCACCACCGGCUGCAGGAAGAAGCCCUGGAGCUGCGGGGCCGCGCGGCCAGCCUGGAGCAGGAGGUGGUGGCCACUGGCAAGGAGGCGGCGCGGCUGCGGGCCGAGCUGGAGCGGGAGCGAGUGGGCAGCGUGGCCCGCCUGGAGCAUGACCGCAUCGUGGGCGCGCUGCAGGCGGAUGUCGCCCGGCUGCAAGGGCAGCUGGAGGAGCUGGGCCGGCGGCACGAGAAGACCACCGCCGAGGUCUUUCAGGUGCAGAGAGAGGCGCUAUUCAUGAAGAGCGAGCGGCACGCAGCUGAGGCCCAGCUGGCCACGGCGGAGCAGCAGCUGCGGGGGCUGCGGACCGAGGCGGAGCAGGCACGCCAGGCCCAGAGCCGCGUGCAGGAGGCCCUGGACAGAGCCAAGGAGAAAGACAAGAAGAUCACAGAAUUGUCAAAGGAAGUCUUUAGUCUUAAAGAGGCUCUGAAGGAACAGCCGGCAGCGCCGGCCAGCACGGAGGUGGAGGCACUCCGCAGUCAAGUGAAAGCUUUACAGGAGCAGCUGGAGGAGGCUGCCAAGGAGCACAGCGCGGUGGUCGCCUUGUAUCGAAGCCACCUGCUCUACGCCAUCCAGGGCCAGAUGGACGAAGACGUGCAGAGAAUCCUGAGCCAGAUUCUGCAAAUGCAAAGGCUUCAAGCUCAGGGUCGCUGAGCCCCGCCUCGGCCUCGCCCACCACCCAAG